AUGUCAGUCGUCUAUUAUGAACACUUUUCUCAGGUUCUCAAUUUGAGUGAAGAAAAACUCUUGAAUGAAGAAGCUACAUCAAAUUCUCUCACAGCUCAAGACCAUUAUCUGGUGGAUCUAACGUUAAACGAAUCUCAAAAAGAAGACAACAUCAAAUAUAAAGCUUACACGAUCAAACCAUUACAACACAUGAAUUUGAAUCUCGGAGACAAAAGAAAAGACAAUAACAAUUGUGUUGAAACAUCGAUGGAGUUGCGCUCUUAA